CUCCGGGGAGUCUUUAUUCUCUUUAGCUAAUUAGAAGUACGGAUAAGGAAUUACGGAUUUCUUUUCUCCUUGUUUUGGAUCAGAUUCCCUCCUAUUGGGGGCUUAUUAUUUGAUUUAAAUUAUAAUUUAUAGUCCCAUUUCUAAAUUUAAUAAAAUUAGUUAGGGGAAGGACAAAGUUGCGUACAAACUAAUGUGCACGCACUUUCCGCCAUCUCUUUCUUUUCAGCCACGCACUCGUCUUGAACGCACGGUAGAGAGCUAUUACUACUUAAUAAGCCUGAUGAAGACCAAUCUUGGUCGAAACGUUGCUUGUUGUAUAUAGUUUUUAUUGUUAAUAAACUUAUAUAAUUUUGAAAUCAUCACAGAGUUUAUUUUCGGUUCUUUACAAAAAGUUUAGUUCGAGUUUUUGCACAGUGAUGGCUCCUGGAUGUGAAUAAAAUGUCUCGUUGGCGACGAAAUUAUGAGGAUUAUUGGGAUAACCAUGAUUAUGAGCAACCCAGACGACGUCGAAGGUCGUUUUCGCCGCCUGGGCGACGUUAUAAUAAUCCCUAUAAUAAUCGUUACAACCAUGAUGGCCGCUCGUAUGCUACUGUUGUCCGUGAGGGCCGACCACGUGCAACUUGGCCUGUCCAGCACCGGUAUGGGCCUCAAGACUAUGCUAACCCGAACCAGGGUAGAUAUCGUCGACGUCCCCGGAGUGGUGGGGACCGGUCCUAUCCCAGAAGGAGAUCCAGGGACAAUUACCGCCGUCCGACGCGCCGGCCUGCCAGCCGGUCCAGGGUGGUACGUACUCGAAGUCAGGGGCGACGGAGGUCGAAUAGCAGGGACCUACCGUCGGAUAAGCCCAUUAGUACGGACCCCGAAUUCACUGCAAAGACACGGGGUAUAUUAAAAUUAAUUAAGGCUACCCACCAUUUAGGAAAUGUUAUGUCGGAACAGCCUCCAAUUUCAAUAGCUAACAUAGCUAAUCAUUUAAUUACGGCUAUUAAACCUGCUGCCCCUACGGCGAAUACAUUGUCCCUCAUAGAGGGGAAUGCUAGGUAUUGGGCACAGAAUACAAUGAUCAUACUCAGGGAUCAUUACCAAGAUGACAUUCAAAAUGCUGUCCAGAUCCUAAUACAAUUAGAAGCCUGGGACUGGAGACAGAACUUUGAUAUUGCUUCUGCAUGGGCUAAGAGCCAAUUUGGACGCAGGUUGAGGGAGGACACUUUGGAUGAAGUACAAACUCAAUUACGUGAGAGACUAAUUGCCCCCUCCAGAACACAGCGUGUCUCUGAAUCCAGAAUUGAGGAACAAAGACCGGUAAUGUCCAUGCAAACACUGCCAGAGGGGGAUUUUCCAUCUCUUUUACCGGAGAGGAGGAGUAAGCUACUGACCGUCACAGCAGAGGUGCACCCUCCUCCUCCUUCCUUGAACCUGAGGGAAUUCUCCGAACCACUCCUGGCCCCUGCAACGGUUGCCAGGCCCAGGAUGAUGGACUGUGGCACGAUGACCGCCCCCACUAGUGACUGGUCGCCGGAGAAACUUCAAGAACCUGGGAGAGUGGAGGGAGCUUCCUCCCCUCCGUUCCCCUUCCCCUCCCCUGGUUCUCCUGUUCCCCCCUUUGUCUCCCUCCCCAUUCUAUAUUCUCCUACUAUCCCUCUAACACAGGCACCCAAACCGCAGAGGAAGGUUCGGAGGCUGGAGUCACCCACCUCGGUGAUUCACCACGCUCCCUUGACCAGUGGGGUACAUACUCCACCUCGGGCGGCUACAGAUUGGCAGUCCUGUGAUGAUGAGUCGGAGGAUGAAACGACACGACGGGCAGGGCCUUUUGUCCCUCCUACUUCUGGUGCCCGUGUGAGUCAGGGGACCUCCUCGUCAUCGGAUUCUUCUUCAGAGGAGGACCAACCGCUGGUGGACAAGGACUCAGACAGCCCCAUUCCACCGACCCCUCCGCCGAUGGGACCUGCGGCCCAGGGCACUCCUGCUCUCAACAAACCACGGGUUUCCUCCCCUUUAUCUUUACAAAAACCUUUUAGGCAUAUGACUACACUAAAUAAAAUGAGGGAUUGGAAGAUUUCAUACAAAUGCAAAUUGGUAGUGCUUGGAGACUCCAAUCUGGCUAGAUACCACCCUUUGCACAGAAAGAUCUACAGAUUGAUUGUUAUCCAGGGGCAACUUUUAGAAAUGCCGAGGCCAUUUUGGCCGGCUCUAGGGCCUCUCCCAUAGUACAUACCUUAGUUUUGGCCUUGGGGAUAAACAAUAGGGCCCAGAGUCCUGACAAGACUUCCAUUAAACAACUGCAAGGGGCAAUCAGAAUGGCCAAGUACACCUGUCCGGAAGCGCAGGUAGUGGUCCCACUCAGAGGGAGAAUCUGUCCAAACUGAACAAUUACAUUGCCAGACAACAAUGUUUUCUCCCCAAACUGUCAGGUGAUCUGUUUGAGACGGAGAGGGACAACAUUCAUUGGACUCAAAGCACAGCUCGGCGCAUGCUGGACCACUGGCUGACCUGUUUAAACAAGUUGUCCCCGUGAAUCCUGUUCUGGCUGCCAACAUUGAUGAGGCCUUGCUCCACACCCUCAGUCGUAAUGAUUUGAGAGACCCUUUCCUGGACCAGAACACUUUCUCAGGAGGAAACGAGUAUGGGCUCUUAUUAGCCCAGAGGGCCUGCUCGAAACAAGGAGGAACUUCACAAUAUUCUCAUACAGUGUGCACAGCUCAGGGCAAAUGUGGUCCAAUUGUGAUUUGGGUUUUUGAGAGUGGACAGAGACCAACAGACCCAGCACAGUGUGGUACAACGGGUCAAAGAGGAGCAACUUGGAUCUAUUAAAUUGCAGUCGGACAUUACAAGGCGGAACGGGAGCUAUCCAAACCUCUCGAGUGGCUGGAGAAAUCUGUUCAUAUAUCAAAGUGGACACAAGCAGACAAAACAACUAAAAUCACAGACCCAGCACAGGGUGGUACGAUGGGCCAAUGAAGAGCAGCUCAAAUAGCGGUCGGAUAUUACAGGACUGGACGGGUGCUUUCCAAACCUACUCCUCACUGUGGGCGGACAGAGUCCCGGUAGCCAUGUAGGGCUGACCAUGUCUGAUUACCUAAUGCUCACUGAACAAUUUAAAGGAUACAUCUAGCCUGUUGUUUCACUAUAAAUCAGGAGGGUGUUUUGAAAGACCUUGAGUUUCCUAGGAGGAGUCUCCCUUGUGUAUAAGAUUAGUUACAGACACUGGGCAGAUCUCAGUGUACACAUUGCAACUGGACCGUAAAUAUGAACCAAACACAGUUUCAAUAUUUUUUAAAGCAACUACUAGGAAGCGAUUAACAGUAUACAAUGGCAGAAGAAUAUUUUGCUACCGGAAACUAUGGAUACGGAGCACAUCACAUUGAUCACAACAUGGCAGACACUUAUAUUACUAGAGGCAACUAUGGACACAGGGAACAUCACAAUGAACAAGAAAUGACAGAAAGAUAUUUUGCUACAGGCAACUAUGGAUAUGGAGUACAUCAUGAUGAACACAAAAUGAACCUAAGAACACAGGAGCCUACAGGUCUCAAGGGAACAUCCUCGCCUGUGCAUAACAUUCGUGAGAGAAUCCGUUGUGAAAAACAGGCUAGUGGCCUGAAUGCUCCUGUUUAUAUGACCCACCCACGUACCAUUGGUCCUCGUGAUGACUCUGGGUAUAAUAGAGACUGGGUUCAGGACAUUAGUAACGCAUCAACGCGGCCACGUGAUACCAACGGUUCCACCUCUAGGCCAAACUUUUCUGCUGGGAAUGCAAUGCGUGGUAUACCUAAACCGUGGGGUUCGCUACCAUCACGGGGUGGCCCUGUUCAACAAGUACCAUAAGACUAGGCUCGAUCGCAUACGUAAUGACACCAACCAAGAACAAGCCAGCGGCAGAAUGCGCGAGCACCAUAUACACCCGAGGAGAGAACAGGAACAACCCAAAAGACUAAAAGCAGUCCCCAGGCGUGAUCCAAAUGUAUCCGGUAACGGCUAUAUCCCACCCAGAGAAGGUGGCAAGUAUGACAAUAACGUACCUUGGCACGGUAAGCCCAGAUCGCAUUUCACUGAGAAACAUGAGAUCAGUCCCGUCAAAGAAACCAUCGACGCUCCCUCACAGUGCAAUUCCUAUGAAGAGAACAGGUGUCCCACGAUCCGUAAAGGUUUUCACAGAAAGAGAGCCUGGAGGUAUUCCAGGCAAGAGUUAGGUGAUAGUACAGCCGUGACGGUAGAGCUUCUCACAGAUUCUGGUUCUGGCGAUGACACUAUGGGUGUGUAUGAUACGUGUGCCUCCAAGGUCGAUGACAAAACUGGAUGCGAUGCAAGUAAGCCAUUAGAAAGUUUUACCUCCUGCACAAAGCGCAACAAGGUUCAUGGGCCAGAACGAGCCGCUGAUACAGAUGAAUGCGUAUCUCCCGUAGACAGUCCCCAGGCUACCAGUACAUCUGUGACACGAAUCCCUGUCAGCCAUCCUGACUGCUCGUGUCACACGUUUUCCGACAAGAGUGCUCACCACAAUGUUUACCAUACAGGGAAGCCAUCAGCAAGUGCUCGCCCUACCCAGAAGGGCACCAGGGCUCCUGCUCUCGAACGAGCAGCGGAUAGGGAUACGUGUGCGUCUGCGGUACACGACGCACAGGCUACCGGCACAGCUGUAACACGCAAACCUGUCAGCUAUUCUGAUUCUAGUGAUACCAACAAGCGUUCCUGUCCCACAGUUGACCACACUGUAUCCUAUACAAGUCGAUCACCACAAUGUGCUACCUCCCGCCCGAAGCGCAACAGGGUUGAUACUGAUAACUGCUUCUCUGCUGUACACAAGACACAGGCUACAUAUGAAACCCAGGAGCGUGGGUGCGAUUCCCAGCCUACAUAUCAAGUUGCAGUGAGCGCUGUUGAGUCCGAGCCCAUCUCUAGAGAUCAAAAUGCCACCGAUACCGUGGAGACCGGGUCCCGUUUUGUAGCGGGAGAUGCUGCCACGUCUGAUGAAACAUGUUCCCAGGAACCCGAGUCCGGGUCUAUAGCUGUAGAUGAGGAUAACUCGGUUGAGCCCGAUCCCGAGGAGCCCCUACCUACAGUUCCAACUAAGUGUAAAAUAUCUUACACUGCUUCUGCACCCGCAGCUAAGGAGGCUGUGUCUGAGAAAGCUGUAACAGAGGUCUUAAUCAGUUCCAGGUGUGAUACAUCAGAGAAAAAUGCUGCAACUGCGGAUUACAUGUCAUGUGCUAUGUCAGAUGAGAGCAAUCCAGAGGAAAUGUUGAAGGAUGUUGAGUUUGCAAACAGUUUCCAAGGUUACGAGGGGUCACAAUCACAUGUAUCUGAGACACAUUGGAAUAGAGUGAACUACAACAAUGAGCACUUUGCGGUUGGAACAGAGCCCUGUCCUAGCAUUAUUUGCAGUCCGAGCCCCGUGUGUGAUAUGGUACCUGAAUCUACAGAUAUAGAACCCCACUCAAGCCUCCGGGCCAGCACUGCUGAAAUAGAGAGCCUCUUCGAUGAGUUUUUGCUCCACAAUCAGUCUGUGCCACAUCUAGAGUCCCAGCAGUCACAAAGACCUAUACCCGUGCUGCAACAAGUGCCUAUAACACAGUCCUUGUCUACCACGCUUAAGCAAGCGGAGGUGUCUCGAAACAUAAAUGUCCUUAAUGUGUACACUCCUGUAACUGCUUUACAUCCGCAACAGAUAUUGUACCCGCCACUCGGGCAACCCUUAGCGGCUGCUCCCUCCAAAGAAGGCACACCUGAACUACCCCCAGUGGUCUUGGACCUUACACGGUCAUCGUGUGCCUGGCCUACGCAAGAAGAGAUGUUUCGAAACAUAGAUGAUCUUAGUGUGUACACUCCUGUAACUGCUUUACAGCCGCAACAGAUAUUGUACCCGCGAACUGGGCAACCUGAAGAGGCUGAUCCCUCCAAAGGCGGUACACCUGAACCACUCACACUGGCCCUGGACCUUACACGGUCAUCGUGUGCUUGGUCUAAUCGAAAAGAAGUGUCUCUAAACAUGAAUGGUCCAAAUUUGUACACUCCUCCUGUAACUGCUUCACAGCCGCAACAGAUAUUGCACCAGCCACCUGGGCAACCGGAAGCGGCUGCUCCCGCCAAAGGCGGUACACCUGAACAACCUCCGGUGGCCCUGGACCUUACACGGUCAUCGUGUGCUUGGCCUAAUCGAAAAGACGUGUCUCGAAACUUAAAUGCUCCUAAUGUGUACACACUAACUGCUUCACAGCCGCAACAGAUAUUGCACCAGCCACCUGGGCAACCCGAAGCUGCUGCUCCCUCCAAAGACAUGACACCUGAACCGCCCCCAGAACACCCUGGGUCAAUCGACCUAAUGUUGGCUAUGGUAAAACAACUGAUCUUAUGUUCCAGCUGUAAUAAGACCUUCAACAGGUCCGUAAUCUGUCACGAGUACCUUAUUCAGCUCAACAGACCCAUUCAAUGUGCAUGCGGAUGUGUAAUCUGCACACUCUGUUACCGUGAGCAACAUGGUUGCCACGUGCACAGCAUCUUAUCCAGACAAGGUGCUGUCAAUGUAACAGCCAGCACCCUAGCAAGUUGCCCUAGUUUUGAACAUGUAGGAGACUGGGAUCUCGAACUCAACCUGGAUGACUGUUUCAAGACUGACAGUGAGGUGAACGGAUAUGUGCAGGAGAUCAUGAAUGAAGAGCACGCGCCUGGUGUGGAUAAGCUUCGAAUAGCUUUCAAGCAGCUUAUGAACGCUAAUGACGGUAUGGCAUUCAAGUAUUGGGCAAACGAGAGAAUGUCAGAAGAGGUUGCCUAUAGAUAUGUAUGCAUCCCUCACAUUCCUGGGUUCUGGGAUCACGUGGUGGUAGGAACACGGGCUCGGCCAAAGACGGAUAGUAUGAUUGGCCCUGAUAUCUAUUUACCGAGAUUGUUCAAUGUGUUACUGGGCCCCUACAGAUUUCACUGGUGCUGUUUUGUAUUGAAGACACAGGUCAUCUUGGCUAUGUGGUGCACUUCUGUGUGCGUUACAGGGCAGCUAAAAGUGUUAUCCAUUGUUGAUAACACGCUGAACAACUUUACCUCAGCCAUAGAGUUUGGAAGGAUGUUGUAUUAUCUAACUAAGUGGUUUAAAGCUCAGUACGGGUCAACUAGAGACAGGCAGCUCAAGGUAGUAUUGGAUUGCAAACCAUCCGAAGGUUCCAGUUUGGUCCAUGUCAUAGCUGUAUUGGCCUCCAGAAGUGGGAUGGAAUCUGUGGUCCUUAACCACCUCUCCCAGCCACCGGCUGAGAUUGAUAUGAAUUACACUUUUAGCUUAGUGAGAGCGAACAAAAUCUUGACCUGCCCAAAGGAUGACAGUGCAGCAGGGCCCUAUAUCACAAUAGUUCAGGAGUUUAAGGAUUAUCACAAUGGUGCAGGUGAUUCUAUUGGCUUGCAGCGUAUGUGCACAAGCACAGAGUAUCACAGUUACACAUAAUCAGUAUAAGAGCUGUGUAUUUUCCCUACAAUCUGAUGUUACCUGGCACAACUGUUAAGGUUCACUCUAGAUGCACUUAAUCACCCGAAGAGCUGUGUAUGGUCCUAUUAUCUGCUGCUAACUUCUGGGUGAUUGUACACAUGUGUCUGUAUUUGGGAAAGAGCCUAUGUAUUUUUAUUACAUGUUAUGCUUGUUUUUGUGUACUCCUUCCUAUACCUUUUGUUCAAUAAAAUGAAGGAGAGUGUGUGUAUACGAGUGUGCAUAUCAUAUUGCAAACAGAGGUGUAAAAAGUACAAAGUAAAAGUACUCAACUGAUGAGUUACAGCAUUAAGGCUU